AUGGGGGUACGUCUUGUGUCGCGCCAGUCGCCUGCCUCCGAUCUGCUUGACACCGACCUGGUGCGGAUGGCGUUUUUUAGCCUUGCGUCACUCUUUGCAUACUGGCUUGCUGCUGAUCGCUAUUGCUAUGCAGCCACCGGAAGCCCCAAGAUAAACCAGAGCUCCGGUCUUCGCCAUACAUUCAGAGAAAGUGCUGCUGCCCCCGUCUGUCGGGCUUUGCGCUAUCAUUGCGAGAUCGCGCGCCUCCUUUGUGAAACAAGAUUGCACGCGGCCGGAAUGCCUAGCGACUUUCCACAAUCUGGUAAUCACCCCCCCCCUCCGUCUUUCGAUAGGUCCGAAGCCUACGAACACUUUGUCGUUGGUUCUUGCAAUCGCGACAACAACGUAGACGAAUGCGACUUGGAGUUGUACUUUGUGGGCUCCUACCAGAAGUUCGGCUCGAUGGAGGAGGAAGAACUGAAGCCUGGUGGCCAUGACAUCAAGGUGACGGAGGAAAACAAAGUGGAAUACACUAAGCUCAUGGUGGAUUGGCGGUUUAAUCGUGGUGUGACAGAGCAGACUUCCGCCUUCCUCAAGGGUCUUUUCGAAGUGGUGGAACCCGCUUGGCUGCAGGCAUUUGACGAGCGAGAGCUG